AUGAGUAAUUCGCGGGAACAAGGGGAAGUGGGCAACGGCGCAAAUGGCGACAGUGAUAACAACAAUGCUUCUCUCGCCAUCAUCGAUAUGGAGACGCGGACGGUGAGUGAAAUCUCACCGAUAGAGCUUGAACCUGAAGGCUUUUUCAGCUUUUCUAAGCGAGGGAAACUUACAUGGUGGUCGGCGGUCAUUCUGGCGCUCUACGUGGUGGGGACGCUUUCCGCCAUUUUUGUACUUAUCUUCUUCUCCGUGCGUCGCACAUCUCCAUUUAAAAAAAACUCUUCGAAUGAUAGUCGUACAACACGUGACAUUGCCUUCACGUCGUGGCCGCCUUAUUGUCAAAAUGGUUGGCACCGGAAAACCUUUUCUUGUGCACGGCGCAUGUGGAUUGCGUCUUGCUUAGCAAAUUGUAUGCCUUACUGGCCGUCCUGGAAACGACGCAGUGUUGCACAGCCGAAGUUGCCGACGAUAUUUUUUACCGAGCAUGUGCGUUGA